AUGGUCUACUGCGGCAAAGCCUCUCAGGGCUGUCAAAACUGCCGAACCCGUCGCAUUAAGUGCGAUAAAGUGAAACCCGAAUGUUCACAAUGCAUCCGCGUGGGCAAGAAAUGCCCCGGGUAUCGAGACCAACUUUCGCUCAUGUUCCGCGAUGAAAGCACCAAGGUCAUCAAAAAAGCACACGCUCAGUGGGGAGUUACCGAUGGUGCUGAGAAUGGUGCUGAGCGCGCAUCGGCCUCGACAGCUCCGUCACCGCCUGCUUCUUCGCCCUCUUACAGCCGGAAGGGCUCGCCGAACAGCAAGAGGUCUGCAUCAAGAUCAGGAGCCGCGAACGUACCUUCACCAGCCUCGAGCUCGGCAUCCUUUUCCGCCUCGCCUUCGUCAACGUACCGUUCUGCGGGCUCUUCAUCACCACCAACGCUCCCGGCUGUCAAGGAAGAACACAACCGCGAGUCCAGCCCUCCGACACUCCAGAUAGGAUCUACCCUCGAGGAACAGGGCGUGCAGUUCUACGUCAACAGGUAUUUGAUAGGGCAUCCUGAUGAACCCAAAAACGGCCAAGACUUGAACACAGAGGGUUGGAUAUGGCAUCCAGCAGUACAGGACGUCAUGUGCGCCGUAGGCCUUGCUGGUCUGCACAACCUGACUGGCAAUGCCAAAAUGAUGUCGACUGCGCGAGAGAAGUAUGGUUCAGCACUACGACAUACCGGGAAGCUGAUCCGGCCUCCCCAUACACCGAGCAUAGAUGUGACAAUGAGGGCCGUGGUGGCCCUCGCCAUGUUUGAGGUUGUGAAAGGGACCCAUCAUUCCACAAGCACCGUCCAUGCCCAUGUUAUGGGCGGAGCUGCGCUGAUGAGAAGCUGGUGCCCUAUGCCCAGUGCACCUUUUGCAGGCUUCAGGGCCUUAUUGCAGCUGUGCUACUCAAUGUUCAUACCUCUACACGUUGCUGGCAUGCCCAUGCCACCGGACUUUUACGACUGGGUUUCUUAUGGUUCGCAACUCCAGCUGCCCAUAGACCGACCGUCGACCGACCUAGCGGUUCUGAUCGCUCGAUUUGUCGAAACCUCGUCAAUUAUUCACAACCAUGUCAUCAGCGACGGAAAACCAAAGACGGCCAGCGUUAUUCAGCAGCUUCUGGAUCUUGAUCAAGAUUUGGCCUCGUGGGAGAAUGGACUGGAAGGAGAUUGGAUUUACCGCACCAUUCACGCCACCCAUCUCCCUCCUAAGGCAGUGUUCCAGUGCGAAUACCACAAAUACCACGACGUCUGGACUGCUCGAAUCUGGAAUUACUACCGAUGGUGCCGGAUUCUGGUCAACCAGAAUUUGCUGGAUCUGACCAAUAAGAAUCCUGUGUCCAGUUUGUCGCUGGUAUCAGCGGCUGCGCGGGACGAGUUUCUGAACGUGAUCCGACAUUUGGCGAGGGAUAUACUUAUUAGUGCACCAACACAUUGGCGACACCCGGCCCUAGACGGACCGGCUCAGAUAACAGUGGAAAGUCCCGGCGGAGGAGGAGCUGGAUCAGCAGGACUACCGGCAUUGCUAUUCCACCUCAAAGUGGCGGGUUGCGCUCCUGGAGUGCCCAAAGACUACUGGGAAUGGGCGUUGGGGAUCAUCCAAACAAUUUGGGGCGACAUGGGAAUGUUGCACGCACGAUCGAUGAUGGAAGCCAUGCGAGCGCAUGAAGACACGGUGCUGAGAACUGGUGCAGCUGGGAUAUUGGCAGAUGAUUGGUAG